UGUCCGCGCUGAUCCCGUUUGUUUGACGUACGGUGUGCGCCUGCGCAGUGACACAGCGAGGAUGAGUUCCAUCGGCACCGGGUACGAUCUUUCGGCCUCCACCUUCUCCCCCGAUGGGCGGGUGUUCCAGGUGGAGUAUGCCAUGAAGGCCGUGGAGAACAGCAGUACUGCGAUCGGGAUACGCUGUAAGGAUGGAGUGGUGUUCGGGGUGGAGAAGCUGGUUUUGUCCAAACUUUACGAAGAGGGGUCAAACAAACGCAUCUUCAACAUUGACAGACAUGUCGGCAUGGCCGUUGCUGGGUUAUUAGCAGACGCUCGUUCUUUGGCAGAAGUGGCACGAGACGAAGCUUCAAAUUUCAGAUCCAACUAUGGACACGACAUUCCACUUAAGCACCUGUCUGAGCGUGUGGCCAUGUACGUGCACGCCUACACCCUGUACAGCGCCGUCAGACCCUUCGGAUGCAGUUUUAUCCUGGGUUCCUUUGACAAAGACGACGGUGCUCAGCUGUACAUGGUGGAUCCCUCUGGCAUCUCCUACGGAUACUGGGGCUGUGCCAUUGGAAAGGCCAAACAGGCAGCAAAGACCGAGAUUGAGAAACUCCAGAUGAAGGACAUGACGUGCCGAGAGCUGGUCAAAGAAGUGGCCAAAAUAAUCUACAUAGUUCAUGACGAGGUGAAGGACAAAGCGUUUGAGCUGGAGCUGAGUUGGGUGGGAGAAGUGACAAACGGACGACACGAACUGGUCCCAAAAGACGUCAGAGAAGAGGCAGAGAAAUACGCAAAGGACUCUCUGGAGGAGGAGGAUGAUUCGGAUGAGGACAACAUGUAAAAACUGCUCUGUGU